ACCCCGGCCGUGGGUUUUCGUCACUGCAUCCACCGGCCUCGAUUCUUUCCCCAUCCCCACCCCCACCAAAUUACGCACUUCGAUCCAUUGUUCAACCGGGAGCUCUCAGCUCUGCACUAGACCUUGAAUCCAAGACACUUCACAUACACAGUAGUCACGACUCGACCGGUUUCUCUGCCGAAACACACACACCACAUACACGAUGCUUAGCUCAACAGCAACGAUGCUCCGCGCAGGCGUCAGCCGGUCCUCCGGCGCCCUCCAGCCCAUGCUCCUCCGCAGCGCCGCCUGCCCCUGCUCACCCUUCUCCAUGAACACCAAGCUCCAACAACCGACCUCUGUGCGCCCUCUCUCGACGACACCUUCUGCCCUCGUCCUCCGUUUCCGCGCCCAACAACAAGCCCAGACCCAGGCCCAACAGCAGCUCCGCAGAGCUUCCUCCUCCAGCACCCGCCCGCGCUCCGAUGCCGAGCUCGACGCCAACGCCGCCGAGGCCGCCGCCGCAGCGCAAUCAGCCGCCCACGCCGGGGAGCCCGUGCUGGACUGGAACACCUUCUUCAAGCUGCGCAAGACCAGGCGGAGGGUUCAGCUGGCCUUCAGUGUGAUCAUGACGCUGGUCACGUCGGGGGUUGGAGGCGCGGUUCUGAGCACGGGAGUGGCCGACAGCCUGGUGUCGCAGGUGCCGCUGGAGCCCAUGUUUGCGAUCGGUCUGAUGACGGCCAGCUUUGGUGCGCUGGGCUGGCUGAUGGGCCCUCCCAUCGGCGCCAUGGUGUUCAACGCGCUCAAGAGCAAGUACAGGGGUCAGAUGGCGAUCAAGGAGAGCCAGUUCUUUGCGCGGAUCAAGAAGCACCGUGUUGAUCCUAGCGCUAGCUCUAUGGGCAACCCUGUUCCCGAUUUCUACGGCGAGAAGAUCUCCAGCGUUGCUGGCUACAGACAAUGGCUCAAGGACCAGAGGGCCUUCAACAAGAAGCGUACCACCUUCGUUUAGGCACAUCACCGGAAUAGC